ACUACCCGCCGUCGCAGUGCCCCAGCAGACCUGGUAAGGAUUAGGUGUGCGUGAUCUGCGCUCCAAAGAAAAGAUAUUAGCACCUCGUGCUGACGUGCUUGAGUUAAAGUACUUUAAUAACCACUGCUCCACAAAAUGCUGAUAACGUUGCUGUUGGUGAUGGUGCUGAGGCAGGAGGCUGUGCUGGGUGCUGUCAUCAUCACCGCUGGUCCAGACCCCGCCGGCCGUGCUGAGGUUCAAAGCAUGAUAAGCAACUCGGAGCAGCGAUCGUGGUGCCGCCCUGGACAAAUUAGACAGAUCAUCACACACGCAAACUGCGAGAGUAAAGAGGUGGAGAACCAAGUGUGCGCGGGCUCCUGCUUCAGCUACUCGCUGCCUCAGACUGUGCCGCUCAUCCCGGGCGACGAGGACCUGGACUUCUGCGAGUCCUGCCGCCCCUCGCAGAGCCAUUGGAUCAACAUCACUCUUGAAUGCACUGACGAGGACGACGGAUUUUACGAGGUCAGCAAACGCGUCCAGCAGAUCACGAACUGCUCGUGUUCCUCGUGCUUUGGUGCUCGUUCGCACGCCCCCACUCUGAGGCCUGAGAGUUCCUCCGCUGAGGACAGUCGCAUCUCCGACCUUCUGUCCCGCGCCCUCCCCAUACCUGACGCCGCCGAGCCCACGCACAAGCUAGAAACGGUCUUAAGUGGCAGCCCUGCCGCUGCUGCCACGCCUGCUGCUUCUUUAACACCGACGACAGCUCUUACUUCAUCAGCUGUUAGUACCACAACCUCGACGGCCUCGCCAUCGUCUGCCAGCGCCUCGACGACGACAGGGAGUCCAUCCACUACGAAUCGUCCUCUGAACGCAAUGUUGAUGCAAGAAGUCGUACCACUCACUCUGGACCACAGCUCGCAUUACGAUUUCCCGGGUCCCUACGUUCUACAGGAAGAGAUAGUACAGCAUGCAGAGGAUGAGAGCAACCCUAACGUUCUGAGGCUUGGAGACUUGUCAGAAGUGCAGGAUGCGGACAGCGUUGGGGAUGAAGUGAGUCUCACAAGUCUCAUGGGUGACUUGAACGCACUCCUCAAAGGGGAAGGGCCCGUGCAAUAUCAGGAACUGACCAUCAAUCAGCUGAAGGCUGUGGUUAACAACUUAAAGUCUAAUCCUGCACGGCUCUUACGAGACAAUACCGUUUACUCUGCGUUACCAAUGCAAAUCGAUAAGAUCAAAUAGAUGAAUUAACAGAUCUGCAAAAUGAAUCAAAGUUUUUGCCUGUAAGCCUAUUUAAUUUCUCUUUUAAAGCUCCUCUGCAUUAAUCUUGUACUUUGCUUUCCAAUUUGAAAAAUAGAGAGUUGCUGUGCGGGGCGGAAAUUCCCCUUGAACCUUGGAAAUGACAGAAAUUCUCCUUCAACCUUCCUCAUCAUAUUUAUGUGCAGGGAUAAAACAAUCUCAGAGGGCAACUAAACAAAAAACUAUUUUAUAAUAGGGAUGCGUGGUGAUGGUAUGGGCGGGUGUGAAUGAUGUCAAAUCGUAACGAUGAUGCACAAUCAUUAACGCUGCAAUGCCCGCUCAUGCAUGCCUGCAUGGUAUAAUAAGGUGCUUGUAUAGUGAUGCUCAACUGAAAAAUAUUACUGUUUGAUAAUAUUGAAGUAUGAUAUUUGUAUUAUCUCAGUCAAUCAAAUGUAAUUUUUAUAGGAGUUUUUCUACAACCACAUUUAUGAGAUGUAAUUUUACUUUUCUUGUGCAACAUUUUUUCCAAGUCAGAAUUUCCGCAGUUGGCUGUCUAUUAGCCAUAUUAUUAUUAAUAAUGAUAAGAACUUGGAACUUGUAAAAUUAAAACUAUUCAAUGAGCGCAAGUGUUUAUUUUCCAAACGAACAAUAUAAUCAUAUUGCAUCCAGGUAUCUAAUCAUCUCAAUGGUAAAUUUUUCAGUUUUGAAGAAUCAGAGCGUAUUGAUAUAGUUGUUUGAUUAUC